AAAAAAAAAAAUUAUUGUGGAUAGUAGUUAUACACUAGACAACUCUUCUCGUGUUCUCUUGAACCAUCCUCUUCCUUCACCCCCUUGUUAAUAUAACUACUUUUCUCCAUCUUCACUCAACAUUUUCUUUUCUUUUCAGAAGCUACCAGAACAAUUUCUAGAACCCUAACUUUUCCAUAUUCUCACUCCAUCUCUCUCUACUUCAAUCCUCUCUCUCUCUCUCUCUCUCUCUCUCUCUCUCUCUCUAGGUUUACACUUACACUUCUCCGGCAUCCAUGGCUACCACGGCGACCUUCUCCGGCGUCCGCAUCUCAUCCAUCUGUACCAACAGAUCAUCAUCAGCAUCAUUCGCUCAGCCGUCUGUUUCCGUCAAUUCCUUCUCUAAACCUAGACGAAUUGCUGUUCGCUCGCUGAAAUUGAAGAGUAGGAGUAGUGAGGUUUUGUUGCGCAAUCGCAUUUCCGAUAGAUUUGGCGGUAAAAGUUCUAGUUCUCGGUCCUUUGUUGUUCGGUGUGAUGCUUCGUCCAAUGGAAGGAUUACUCAACAAGAGUUCACAGAGAUGGCAUGGCAAGCAAUUGUGUCGUCUCCCGAAGUUGCAAAGGAGAACAAGCAUCAGAUUGUGGAGACCGAGCAUUUGAUGAAAGCUUUGCUGGAGCAGAAAAACGGGCUGGCUCGCCGGAUAUUCUCCAAGGCUGGUGUGGACAAUACUCGUCUUUUAGAAGCUACGGAUAAGUUCAUUCAACGCCAACCGAAGGUUAUUAGUGAGUCAGCGGGUUCGAUGUUGGGACGGGAUUUGGAAAGCCUGAUGCAGAGAGCUAGGGAUUACAAGAAAGAGUAUGGUGACUCAUUUGUUUCUGUCGAACAUCUGGUGCUUGGUUUUGUGCAAGAUAAUCGGUUUGGGAAACAAUUGUUCAAGGAAUUCCAAAUUUCAUUGAAAACCUUAAAGAGUGCAAUAGAAUCCAUCAGAGGACGGCAAACAGUAAUAGACCAGGAUCCGGAAGGGAAGUACGAAUCACUAGAGAAGUACGGUAAAGAUUUGACUGCAAUGGCCCGGGAAGGGAAGCUUGACCCUGUCAUAGGAAGAGACGAUGAAAUACGCAGAUGCAUCCAGAUUCUCUCUAGAAGAACCAAGAACAACCCUGUGCUCAUCGGUGAACCAGGUGUUGGAAAGACUGCAAUUUCCGAAGGGCUUGCUCAGAGAAUAGUGCAAGGUGACGUGCCUCAAGCGUUAAUGAAUCGAAAGUUGAUAUCUCUUGACAUGGGCGCGCUUAUUGCUGGCGCAAAAUAUCGUGGAGAGUUCGAAGAUCGACUCAAGGCAGUCUUGAAGGAGGUUACAGAAUCAGACGGCCAGAUUAUUCUUUUCAUUGAUGAGAUCCAUACUGUCGUUGGAGCCGGGGCUACCAAUGGUGCAAUGGAUGCUGGCAAUCUGUUGAAGCCGAUGCUUGGUCGUGGAGAGUUGAGAUGCAUCGGGGCAACAACAUUAGACGAGUAUCGUAAAUAUAUCGAAAAAGAUCCUGCACUGGAACGCCGUUUUCAACAAGUUUAUGUUGACCAACCGACAGUUGAGGAUACAGUUUCCAUACUUCGUGGACUGCGUGAAAGAUAUGAACUGCAUCAUGGAGUACGUAUUUCCGAUAGUGCACUUGUUGAAGCUGCAAUUCUCUCAGAUCGUUACAUCAGUGGACGCUUUUUACCAGAUAAAGCCAUUGAUCUGGUAGAUGAAGCGGCUGCUAAAUUGAAAAUGGAGAUUACGUCAAAACCUACUGCACUUGAUGAGAUCAAUCGUGCGGUUUUGAAACUGGAGAUGGAGAGGCUAUCGCUCACUAGCGAUACAGAUAAAGCUUCAAAGGACCGGUUGAAUCGGCUCGAGGCUGAGCUGGCGCUCUUGAAGGAAAGGCAAGCCGAGUUGACCGAACAAUGGGAGCAUGAAAAGAGCGUCAUGACGAAUAUGCAAUCCAUUAAAGAAGAAAUCGAUCGGGUUAAUCUGGAGAUACAACAAGCAGAGCGUGAGUAUGAUCUGAACCGUGCAGCUGAGCUGAAAUACGGGAGUCUGAACUCAUUAUUACGUCAACUUGAAACUGCUGAAAAGGAAUUAGUCGAGUAUAUGAGUUCGGGAAAAUCUAUGCUUCGUGAAGAGGUUACCGGUGAUGAUAUUGCUGAGAUCGUGAGCAAAUGGACCGGAAUUCCGCUAUCAAAGCUGAAACAAUCCGAAAGGGAGAAACUCUUGUAUUUGGAGGACGAGUUGCAUAAACGGGUCGUGGGUCAGGAUCCUGCGGUGACAUCAGUAGCCGAAGCGAUCCAACGGUCCAGAGCGGGCCUAUCUGAUCCUCAUCGUCCAAUAGCUAGCUUCAUGUUCAUGGGACCCACGGGAGUUGGAAAAACUGAGCUGGCAAAAGCACUUGCGUCUUACUUGUUCAACACUGAGGAGGCUCUCGUAAGGAUCGACAUGAGUGAAUACAUGGAGAAGCAUGCAGUUUCUAGAUUAAUCGGGGCCCCACCCGGAUACGUAGGGUACGAGGAAGGAGGACAGUUGACCGAGAUAGUACGCAGGAGACCAUAUGCGGUCAUCUUGUUUGACGAAAUCGAAAAGGCUCAUGCUGAUGUGUUCAACGUGUUCCUCCAGAUUUUGGAUGACGGCAGGGUGACCGACUCGCAAGGUCGUACAGUCAGCUUCACCAACACCGUCAUCAUCAUGACCUCAAACGUGGGCUCACAGUACAUACUAGACACUGAUGAUGACUCUGCGCCAAAAGAACAAGCUUACGAGACCAUAAAGCGGAGAGUAAUGGAUGCAGCCAGGUCAAUCUUUCGACCUGAGUUCAUGAACCGGGUUGAUGAGUAUAUAGUGUUCCAACCCCUCGACCGCUCCCAAAUCAACAGAAUUGUUCGAUUACAGUUGGAAAGGGUACAGAAGAGGAUAGCAGACCGGAAGCUAAAGAUUGAGGUAAGUGAAGCUGCGGUUGAACUUCUCGGGAGUCUCGGGUAUGAUCCAAACUACGGUGCUCGACCUGUGAAACGGGUGAUCCAACAGUAUGUCGAAAACGAGCUUGCAAAGGGUAUUUUAAGAGGAGAGUUUAAAGACGAGGACACCAUAUCCAUUGACACAGAAGUCACGGCUUUCUCCAACGGUCAACUCCCCCAACAGAAGCUAGUCUUCAAGCGUGUUGACUCACCAUCCGGUGAUGCAGCCGAGGGUCAAGAAGCAGUGUCACAAAGUGUGUAGAUUCCGAACCCAACCAACAUGUAGAUGAUAUAUAAGAUUGCAACGUUUACCAUUAGCAAUACAUGUACAACUAGCAUGCAUAAUAAACGCUUACGCUACGAGUCUUUUUGCUACUUUCGAAAAUAAAUCUACAUUAUAAUACA